UUUGCCUCUCUCUCCCUCAGGCACUCCUUUCUUUUAAAAACCAUCCAAACACACUCAAUUACAAUAACCAAAAGCCACUUGCAGAUGCAGUAAUUCAUCAAGCAGAAGAUCUUAUAAAAGAGAGAAAAGAAAAGGAUAGAAGAGAUUUAAGCAAGUGCCAUGAAUGGAAGAGAAGCCAAUAAAGCAGCUCCUUCGGCUGAUCUGCUAGUAUGUUUUCCUUCUCGAGCCCACCUAACACUAAUGCCCAAGCCCAUAUGCAGCCCAGCAAGACCUUCCGAGACGAACAAGCGCCACCACAGCCACAGGCACCAUCGCGGCGGCCAACUGAUGAAGAGAACGAGCACCAGAGGUGGCGUCCAGGACAGCCCUCUGCUAUGGUCCAAAACCAAGCCAAUGGGCUCGGAGAUCUCGGAACCGACGUCCCCGAAAGUCACGUGCGCCGGGCAGAUCAAGGUCAGGUCCAAAACCAGUUCAUGCAAUAGCUGGCAAUCAGUCAUGGAAGAAGUUGAAAAAAUUCAUGUCAACGGAAAACAUAAAAAGAGACCCAGUUGGGUUGAAGCUAAGAAAGAUAUAAUGCAAUUCUUGUCGUGUUUACGAAGCAUAAGAUUUGAUUGUCGGUGCUUUGGGACAUUUCGUAAGUCAGAUAUAACUACUGAGGAUGAAGACGGCGAAGAAGAUGGAGAAUAUCGGGAAAAUCAAGUGGGCUUUGAGGGGAGUACUGAUGGCAAUGAGGCUUCAAGAACUGCCUUCUCCAAAUGGUUUGUGGUUCUACAGGAAAACCAGAAUAACAUGUUGUGCAAAGAAGAUGAUGAAAGAGAGAUAGAGAGACCAUCUGAUGAUCAUGAAUGUAAUAUUGCUGCUCCUCCACCAAAUGCUUUGUUGCUUAUGCGCUGUAGAUCUGCUCCUGCAAAAGGUUGGUUGGAAGAGAAAGAAGAAGAAGAGAGGCAUGAGGAAGACGAAGACGAAAAAGGUACAGGAAAAGGAGAGAGAAAAGCAAAGAGUUUAAAGUGUUCAAUGGAGGGAGAGAAGAGAACGAAAAAAGAGAACAUGGUUGUGAUGAAAUACGACACUGAUUUCUGCAAAAUCUCGUCUGAUGUAGCAAAGGAGACAUGGAUUGCCGGUGGAAUGAGAGAUCCAAUUUCAAGAAGUCGAAGUUGGAAAAGAUGAUCAUGAUCUUGGUGCAUGACUUCACCUGUUAUGUUUUAAAUUUAAAUUUUCCCAAUUAUAUUUUAACCUUUUUUUCCUAUUCAAUAAUAAGUUUUCUUUAUAUAUUUUUUCCUAUUUUCCGGCCCCCAUCUUAUGUGGGAAAA